UCCGCGGGGCCGGCGGGGAAAUCGCCCGCCGCCUGCCAGGGGCGCCGGGCUGUGCGCGGCGGGGACCGGCGGGGGGCGCUGUGGUUCGCGGCGGCCGCUCCGAGCGGGCUCCUCCUCCCCCUCCGCCCGCCAUGUGGCGCCGGGGGGUGGUGGCGGCGCGCGCGGCGCGGCGGAGCGCGGGGGGCCCGGGAGUCGGAGCCGCGCGCCGAGCCGGGGAGGCCGCCGCUCGCCAGGGCCGCACGGCUUACUUUCAACAGCAAUUGAAAUAUGCUUCAGAGGUGAAGAGCAAGACUGUUCGCUUUGUGGAUUUAAGAAAUGCAAGAACUCUGAGUGACACCAGCCCUUUAGAUGAAACCACUUAUGAAAAAUUGGCUGAAGAAACACUGGACUCCUUAGCAGAUUUCUUUGAGGACCUGACAGAUAAGCCUUUUACCCCAGAAGAUUACGAUGUUUCUCUAGGGAGUGGAGUUCUAACAGUUAAAUUAGGUGGAGACAUGGGAACAUAUGUAAUCAAUAAGCAAACACCAAACCGGCAGAUUUGGCUGUCCUCACCCACUAGUGGGCCGAAGCGUUAUGACUGGACUGGACGGAAUUGGGUGUAUUCUCAUGACAGAGUAUCCCUUCAUGAACUACUAUCAAAAGAAUUUUCUGCAGCAUUAAAAACUAAACUGGACUUGUCCUGCUUAAUAUAUUCUGGGGAAGAAGAUACUUGAUGGUAUUUUACCUCACAGAACUUUAAAAACUUAAACCAGAAGCCAAGCCCUUCCUUGUUUUCUGAAGGACCCGAGCUUAAUUGUGUUGUUGUUUUUUAUGACAUCCCUACGUUGCACCACAAAAAUGAAAAUAAUAUAUUUAUCUCUAGUGCUCAGUCCUUGGGUUUCUGUGUCACUGCUUGAGUCUGUGUCCAGGUGGUUGAAGUCCUCCUUCCUGUCAUUGCAUUUCUUACUUUCUUACUGCAGACACACAUAAUGGAUUCUUAACUUUCUGUAGGCUUGUUUGGAUUUUAGGACUGACCCACAUGGUGACAUCUGACCAGCACACAAAUGCUAAACUUCUUUCAGUGAGAUAUUCACCCAAAAAAGAAAUGCCUGUGAAUCGCAUUGACAUAAGUCAUGGCACUGUGAAUGCAUUGCAUUAAAAUUUUUGGCUGGUGUGAGUGAAUAACACAUCACAGUCAAAUUGAACACACCAUGAACAAAAUUACUGUAGCAGGUAGAAAGUUUCCAUUGUGUACAAUAGGUGUAGUAUGAGUUUUUCUCUCAGUAUUGUGGAACUUACUCUUUUUUUCCAGAUUCUAAAUUCUACUUUCUCUGACAUUAGGAUUUUUUUUUUUGACCUAAACCUUAUUUGACCAAAACUACUUAAAGGUCUGUGUGGCCAUAAAUAAUCAUAUGGAACUGUAAAGGCUGGUAUGUGAUGUUUAAGCUGUGCAGCAAUAUGUCUGAAAACACUUCAUCCUGUUACUGUGGAUUUCUUUCUGUUCCUUUUUGUUUCAUAAUUUACUGACUUUUUUUUUAUUUUCAGUUGAGCAAAGUUAAGAUCUCAUGGUAGCAAAAAUUUGCAGUAAGUUUGUUCUUAAGUAAGUGUGCUUAGAUUAUCUUUUUUCACUAUGAUACAACAUGCGUCCCCUUAGUGCUAUGCCAAUAAAGAAACUUCUGCCUUUUUGCUUUUUAGCAUUGGCCAUGGUGCUUAUGCUGAUGAUGCUGUCUUUUUAAGGCUGUUAAAAAAUAAGAAUGAAAUAUAAGUAUAUACUCUGGAUCUUAAACAAAAAAAACUUCAAAAGAAAUUGUGAUCUGGAAGAACACUUCAACACUUGCACUGUCAUAAUAUUAAUACUGAUGCAUUUUAAUUGCCUAUGAAAUGGAAGCACAAGUUGUUGACUAAUUCUUGAGGAAACAGUUAUACCAUACUCUUGUAAGUUGUUUAUCAGUGUAUGAAAAUAUGUUCAGUGCAAACUCUUUUUCUUCUUGGUUCCUCUGAUGCUUCUGGUUAAUUUGGCAUGAUUCUCUGGCUAGGUGGAAUUAUUACAGAUGUUAUUAAUUUUGUCUUUGAAAAACAAUAGCUAUAUAGUGUUGUUGCCCAGUAUUUGCAUUUAAAGUAUAAGCAUUGUAACCUGCUGUUUCCUAUCAUUAGAGAAUAACAUUUCACUGGAAGCAGCUCUUGAUUAAUUGUGCACUCUGUUUGCAUGUUUUUCAACCAAAAUAAAAACCACAUCAAUUAUUUGA